AUGGGAAAACUUAUUCGCCUAGAACUGUACAACUUCAAGUCGUACAAGGGUCACCACAGCCUGCUCUUUGGCGAUGCCUACUUCACCUCUAUCAUCGGGCCAAAUGGCUCCGGCAAAUCGAAUGCGAUGGAUGCCAUAUCGUUCGUUCUUGGUAUCAAGUCCUCCCAUCUACGAUCGACGCAUCUGAAAGAGCUGGUCUACCGAGGUAGAGUCUUGCGCAAGUCAACAGCCAAUGGCGAAGUCGAAACAAAUGGUGUCAAUGGCCACCGCGAAGAGGAUGAAAAUAGUCAACUUAAUGGAACCCAGGAGCGCAAUGAUCCCACCUCGGCCUGGGUAAUGGCCGUCUACGAAGAUGACGCCGGUGAAGAGCAGCGAUGGAAGCGCACAAUCACUAGUCAGGGAGUAUCGGAAUACCGCCUCAACGACCGAGUUGUUACCGCACAACAGUACAACGAAUCUCUCGAACACGAGAAUAUUCUGAUCAAAGCCCGAAACUUUCUUGUCUUCCAGGGCGACGUCGAAGCCAUCGCUAUCCAGAAGCCUCAAGAUUUGACAAAACUGAUCGAGCAAGUGUCUGGCAGUUUGGAGUACAAAGCUCCAUACGACCAAUUGAAAGCCGAGUCAGAAGAGGCUGCGGAACAGCAGACCUACCAACUGAACCGCCGCCGUGGUAUUAAUUCCGAGAUCAAGCAGUACCAAGAGCAAAAGCGAGAGGCUGACAAAUUUGCCCAAAAGGCCAACGAACGGGACGAAGCGAUUGUCACUCACAGUCUGUGGAAGCUCUACCACCUUCAGCGGCAGAUUGAAGAGUCGACUGCUGAAAUCCAGAAGUUCCAGAACGAGCUCAAGGAAUUUCAACGCAGCAUCGAGAAGCACACCAAAAGUCUCGACAAUGCAAAGUCUGACUACGCGAAAGCCGGCCGUGAGGUUGGCAAGGCCGAAAAAUCCAUUAAGGAGAAAGAGCGUGAGGUCGAAGAGAUGAACGCCUCGCUGGUUCCUAUCGAUGAGCAGAUCUCUGUUUCAAACAAGCAGCUUGGCAAAUAUCAGUCCCGUAUCAAUACUAUCAACAAAGAGCGAGCCUCACAAGCCGGCAAUGUCAGCGACCUGGAAAAGCAGAUUAAGGUAGUUGAGAAAGCCCAAGCUCAGUGGCAACAUCAAUGGGACCAGAAUGCGAACAAACAGGGUGGGCAACUGUCGGCAGCAGCCCUGCAACAGUACGCUCGACUGCGCGAAGAAGUGAACAAAAAGGCAUCAGCGGAUCAAAGUAGAAUCGAGCGGCUGAAGACUGACCGUGCCCCAGUCGAGGCCACCUUCAGGCAUCUCAAAAACAGCCUGGAGAGUGAAGAAUACAGGCUCAAAUCCCUCGAAUCCGAGAUGACCAAUAUCAACACAAACAAAGCGAACGUGAAUGAAUUCAUCGAACAGACGCAGACUGAGAUCGAUGCGAAAAAGAAAGAGCUCAACGCUGCUACUUCUAAGAGAUUGCAGCUAUCUCGCCAAAAGACCGAGAUUGACGAGAAGCUCCAAGAAGUGCUACGAAAGCUGGUCGAAGCUGAUGACGGUCGCCGUGCCACGCAGAAAGAAGUCGCUAUGAGGGAGACGGUGGCUAUGCUGAAGCGCACCUAUCCUGGUGUCCGUGGUCGUGUCCACGAACUGUGCAAACCAAAGCAGAAGAAGUAUGAGGAGGCUGUCAGUAUUGUCCUUGGUCGGCAUUUCGACUCAGUCGUGGUUGAUACCGAGGCUACUGCUAAACAGUGCAUCGAGUAUCUCCGCGACCAUCGAUCCGGGCAAGCGACAUUCCUUCCGCUUGAUACCAUACAGGCUACAGCCGUCAACCCGAGCCUGAAAGGAAUGCACAAAGGCAUGCGUCCAGCCAUCGAUACAGUCGACUAUGGCAGCGACGUUGCCCGAGCCAUAUCUUCUGCUUGUGGCAAUGCUAUCGUGUGUGACACUAUGGAUAUCGCCAAGGAACUGGUCUUCCGCCGUAAGGUUGAUGCCAAAGCCGUAACUUUGGAUGGGAAUGUUAUCCACAAGGGCGGUCUUAUGACUGGUGGUCGUGGUAGAGACUCGAACACACGUCGCUGGGAUGAUGCGGAGAUCGACAAGCUAAACAGACUGAAAGAGAAACUCUUGACCGACCUUGCCGCUCUUCCUCAGGAGCGCAGCCGCCAAGCUGAAGAGCAAACACUCGCUGGUGAGCUGAGCGGCCUCGAGGGGCGUCUAGCAGCUGCAAGAGACGAGCUGGCCGCCUUUGAGCAGAACCUGAGGAGCAAAAAGAGCGAAGUCAAUAGUGUGCAGAAGAGGAUCAAGGAGAACAAGCCGAAACUCAAGAUCGAAGAGAACAGGCUCGAGAAAAUCGACGACGAGAUCCUAGAGUAUGAAGGCUCUGUUAUUCAGGUUGAGAACGAGAUCUUCGCCGGCUUCUGCAACGAGCACGGCUUCGACGACAUCCGUGAUUACGAAGCCCAACAAGGCUCCCUGCAGCAAGAAGCGUCUCAGAAGAAACUGGAGUUCAUCCAGCAGAAAGGCAAACUUGAGAGUCAGCUAAGCUACGAGAAGACUCGUUUGCAAUCUAUUGAUGACCGCAUCCAAGCUCUACGCGACAAGGAGCAGAGAGAUCGGCAGCGCAUUAAUGAGUUGAACGAGCGUAAGCAGGGCAUACAAGACGACUUGAACGCUCUUCAGGAAGAACUGGAUGACAUGAACACCGCGCUUGAUGAGCUCAAGGAGGACUAUGAAGAGAAAAGUCAGACACUGAACAAGCAGCGUCAAGAUGUGGCCAACCGCAGCAAAGCCGCGGAGUCGUUAUUGAAGCAAAUCAGCGCCAACGAGGGAGAUUUGCAGCGCUUCUCGUCGCAGCGCUACGCGGUUUUCCGCAAGUGCAAGAUUGAGAACAUUGCCAUCCCUCUCACAGAAGAUUCUAAUACGCUCGAGACGUUACCUAUCAACGAUAAUCCUUUUGGCGGCGAUCCCGACGCUAUGGACGUAGACGAUGAAGACCCGACGUCCUCUGCUCUUCGAGUUCACAACGCCGGCACGGACUAUGGCAUUGUUCCUGACUUUGAUGCUCUGGACGAAGACCUGCGUGAGCAAUCGAACUCGGAAGUGGAAGCCCAGCUUCAAGAAGAUAUCUCGAAGCUUAACGCCCUUCUUGACAAAAUGCAACCUAAUUCACACGCGGCACAGCGUCUUGCUACUGUCCAGCAGCGUUUGCGGGACACAGAACAGGAGUACGAUGACUCUCGUGCCCGCUACACCGAAAAGAAGAACGCGUUCGAGGAAGUUAAGCGAAAACGUAACGAGCUCUUUGACAAGGCCUUUGGCCACAUUUCCGAGCAGAUCGUGCCAAUCUACGCAGAUUUGACUCGGUCCGCAGAGUUCGCUGCUGGCGGUCGGGCCUAUCUGACUGCCGAUGACGAAGAGCCAUAUCUCGCUGGUGUGAAUUACCAGACCAUGCCCCCUGCCAAAACUUUCCGAGAUAUGGAGCACUUGUCCGGGGGUGAAAAAACGAUGGCUGCACUGGCCCUACUCUUUGCGAUUCACUCAUACCAACCCAGCCCCUUCUUCGUGCUCGACGAGGUGGAUGCAGCUCUGGAUAACGCCAACGUCGCGAAGUUGGUAAACUACGUGCGAGGCCAUAAGGGACCGGGUAUGCAAUUCAUCGUUAUCAGUCUGAAGACGGGCUUCUUUCAAGGAAGCGAGGCGCUGGUGGGCGUGUACCGGGACCAAGGCGGCAACUCGAGCCGCUCUUUGACCCUUGAUGUAAGUGAAUCUUCCCAAGACUUGAUGCUAUAUUGGGAUCUAUUGGAGCUAGAAAUGUUGUCGCUCCCUUGA